AUGUCUUCUUGCUGUUGGCCCAAGUUUAGCCUCGACAGCAUCACCGGGCGGAGACAAAUAAAAAUGAAAUUCUUAAUUGUCUUCGCUUUAUGCGCUGCCACGGCUUCGGCCCUGUUCGAAAUACCUAACCUAGUAGCUCAAGAGGCAGCUGAAAUUCAGCAGAUCUUAGACAUUAUCAAUGACCCCAACACCGACCCCGCCACCGCCGCUGCCCUCGAACAACUUCUCGCUGACGUGCUCGGCACUCAACCCAUCGACGUCGGACCUGCCAUCGUUGAAGAUAACUACGAACCCAUCACAGUUGGCCCCGCUAUCGUCGAUCAAGUCGUAUCCUCCCCCGAGAGCUCUCCUCUCGUCCAAAUCAUCAUUAACAUCAAGCCCGGUUCUGGUAAUCCCGUAGUCGUCGAAGGUCUCCCUGAGGUCGAGCCCACCCCCGUAAUUGUUGAAGAGAAGCCUGAGAUCGAGCCCACCCCCGUGAUUGUUGAAGAGAAGCCUGAGAUCGAGCCCACCCCCGUUAUCAUUGCAGAGAAGCCUGAGGCUCCCGAGCCCGUUAUCGUUGCCCCCGUGAUCAUCCCCGAACACGUCAUCACUCUUCCUGCCAUCCUUAACUAA